ACAUACUAUACAGCUCCACAAACCAGUUUAAAGGACCCACGUGCUGUGGGAAGUUUGUUGCCAGGUGGCUGAACUGCAUUACUCCCUCGCGCAGCCGAACAUCGGACCGGGACUAUCGGAUCUGAACCGGACGGAAGAUGAGCUUCUUAUUUGGGAACCGUUCCUCUAAGACGUUUAAGCCAAAGAAGAACAUUCCAGAAGGUUCUCACCAGUAUGAGCUGCUCAAACAUGCUGAAGCUACGCUGGGCAGCGGGAACCUCCGUAUGGCUGUCAUGCUUCCUGAUGGAGAAGAUCUUAAUGAAUGGAUUGCUGUUAACACGGUGGAUUUCUUCAACCAGAUAAACAUGCUGUAUGGCACCAUCACAGACUUCUGCUCGGAGGACAGCUGCCCGGUCAUGUCGGCAGGACCCAAAUACGAGUAUCAUUGGGCGGACGGGACCAACAUUAAGAAGCCUAUUAAGUGCUCUGCUCCAAAGUACAUUGAUUAUUUAAUGACGUGGGUUCAGGACCAGCUGGACGACGAGACUCUGUUUCCUUCAAAAAUAGGUGUUCCCUUUCGGAAGAACUUCAUGUCCGUGGCUAAGAUCAUUCUAAAGCGCUUGUUCAGAGUUUACGCUCAUAUAUAUCAUCAACACUUUGACGCAGUCAUGCAGCUGCAGGAGGAAGCCCACCUCAACACGUCCUUCAAACACUUCAUCUUCUUUGUCCAGGAAUUUAACUUGAUUGACCGCAAGGAGUUAGCACCACUUCAAGAACUCAUCGAGAAGCUGACGACUAAAGACAGAUAAACUCGGAGAAAGACAGAGACACAGAGUAAAUGGUGUAGGAAUAACCGUGAUCUUUAUCUUUCAACUAUUCAUUCAUCUUUUGCUUUUAGCGCGACGGCACAUGCUAGGUGAAUUUGUAGAAUCUGCACAAUACUAACAGUUAAAAAAGGGAUCAACCCUAAGAAAAUUAGGUUUAUCCUAAAAAUAAAACACAUUUUUCUGAAUGCAUUUACUGAAAACUUGAUACCUGGUUGAAAUGGGUACACUUUGUUGUUAGUAUCUUAAGUUGUUGACAUGAUUAAUUUAGUCUGUGGACAUUUUUCUUUGCGAGUUGUUCGCAUGGUGACUGUUUCGCAUACGGCAGUGAAGAGCUGAUUUGCUCGGUUUUUGCUCUGUUUGGUGUGAAUGUUUUAGGCCUGUUUGAAUCUUCAGUGCCAUAACGCUGAUGCUAGUGGAUGCGGUUAAAUAGCUGAAGUCUAUUCUUCUAUGCAACAAUGAUCAAUUAUCUGUCCUUAUUGACAUUAUCACAGAAUAUUGUUGAUAGUUCAUAUAACGUCACUUUAUUUAAUUUGGUCAUGAUAUAUUUCUGGUCUGUGGAUUUUAUACUGGGGGGGAUUAUUUUAGGCUGGUUUUGACUACUAAAGCUGAAAUAUUGUGAAAUGUGCAAUGCAUGUUGGAACAGCAGCUCUUGUUGAACACAGAUGGCUGGUGAUAAACAUUGGCCUUGAUUCUGUGAAGUUGCUUGUCGUUUUCAAGAUAACAGCUCAAAGACGCGGAGAAGACGUUUGUUUUACGUUACAUAAGCCACUCCAUCUAUUUCAUUUCAUCAUUUUUUCGGACCUUGUUUUAGCACUGUGUGAAACGUUUAGUCCAUUAAACUAGGUUAUUAACGCUAGUUUUCCCAAACCAUUUCAUUAUUGGUUUGACUUUUAUUCAGUUCAGAUAUAUUUGAACUACUUGUAUUAUAAGGUUGUUCAUGCAAACGUUCUGCAAUGUAUGCGAUACAUUAGGAGUUUUGUCUGUUUUUAUGAAAGAUUUUGCACGGCAUUUGAUUCUGAAGUUAAUUGUUUUACUUCCAUGUUCAUAUUUGCUUUUCUGUUUAAGAAAAUGUGUCCAUCUUUUUAUUUCUUUUCCUUUUGUCUUUUUUGACAUUGUUUAAAAAAUUAUAUUGUUUUACGAAUGUAAUGGUUUAAAUGCAAGUGUAAAAGUGCCAACCACAGAUUAAUAUAGGAUAAAACUAUUUAUACAACACUUUUGUCACUUAAACAGGAAUAUAUUUUCCCGGGAUUGUAUAAUAAUUAGGAUGUUACAUGUAAAUAUGUGCAGCUGGCUCAACUAUAAACAAGACUUCUGAUAUUGCUCUAUUUUGCAUUGUUAUAAUAUCUCAAACUGUUAUUUUGCUGUACAUGGAGCAAAUAAAACCCUCUUAUUCACGAUUAUUUU